GUUUACACUAAAAACUUCGACAGUGAAGCCUAGAAACAUCUCUCUGAAUAACCUUUAAUGAUGGAGGUGACUGAGAAAGGUGAGGUGACUGGAGUUCUGUCUGAGGAUGUGUCCUUGCUGCUGCAGAAGGCCACGGAGCACCUAGGCGAUGCGGCUGGGGAGUUUACCUUUCUCAUACAGGCUGGGGAAGAUGGGGCGACCACUGUACAGGCCAUACCCGCAAACACGUUAGGGGAGAGUGUGCAAGGGGACAAUGUGGACCUUGGCAACAAGGGUAAUGACAAUGACUAUCAAAAAAUGUUCUACAAGCUGUUGGAAGAUUUUGAAGAGAAAGAGUCUGAGUUACAAGAGUUGAAAGAAGCGGCAUUGCAGGUGGUUAUUGCAACCAGCCAGCUGAUUUUUCCUCCAGCAAGGAUGCAUAUAGGUAGUUUGGUGUCAACACAGAAUGUGGCUGCAGCCCUACACCGCUGUUCUGAUCAUAUCAAACAUGUACAGAAGAAGGUUGCACACCUACAGUUGGAGAGGAGUGAGGGCAACAGGGAGAUGUUGGCCGAGCAACUAGAUAAGCUAAGUCAGUGCUCCAACUACCAGAGCCUGUUGGCUGACCUCAGCAGUAUAUUUGGAAGCCAAGGUAUUCGUCCCGGGAAGAUCUUCAACCAGAUGAAGUCCAGCUGUCAUGAUAGCUCAACAAAUCAUGCUAAACAGGAUUCGAAGUGUACACAAAUUGAACCACAAAAUAGUGUUACGGAAAAUAAUACAAAUGACAAUAUCAUCACUGUGACAGUAGAUGACUUUAAAAAAGAACAAGAGGAGAAAGCUGCCAAGGCUCCUGUACGUGUAGCUACAAGAGCUCGCACCAGAUCAAUGGUUGAAGUUAAGGGCAUUGGAGGAAAACAUAGUACCCAUAAACGUUCACCAGCGGUUAUUAAAGCUGUGACACGUCCAGGAGAGAAAGAGAUUGUAGAACGAUUGUAUUCUUGUAAAGAGGAAACUGAUCAUGACGAUGAGGAUGGAAAUGGAAUUGUUGAAGAGAAUGCAAAUGAUGAAGAAAGUAAAACAGUAGAAGUGUUUGCUCUUGAUGGCACACAAAUUAAAGUUGAGGUGAACAUGGAUGCAGAGAUGUUGUCAGACGGUGAUGGGGAUGCAGAUAUGGAGGGUGUGGAAGACUUGGAGGACUUGGAAUCAGAUGGUGGAGACAUACAGGGGGACACAGAGGACCAGGCUACACAGACUGGGAACGAUAAAGCUGCCAGUCUCGCCAGAACUAACUACAUCAAGCGAGCACCCAGGGGUACUGGCAGCACAAAGUGUGGAGAAUGCGGUAAGAAGUUUCAGUGUGAAGCGAUCUUGAAGGCUCACAUGCGCACACACACAGGGGAGAAACCAUUCAAGUGUGACGAGUGUGGAGCAGAGUUCAGGGUGCGGUCUUACCUCAUAGAGCACAUGAGAAAACACACAGGAGAAAAGCCAUUCCAAUGUAAGGACUGUGAUGCUUCGUUCAGUAGGGCAACAGAGUUCUCCAUUCACAAGCGUAAACAUAAUGAAAAUAGUGUGUUCAAGUGCCACAUAUGUGAAAAAACAUUGCUGAAGAAAGUCUUGUAUGACAACCACAUGCUCAAGCACACUGCAAACAGGGAGUGGAAAUGUAGACUGUGUAGCUUCGCUUUCUAUGAAAAACAACAUCUGAAGAGCCACAUGGGCAACGUUCAUCAGGUCAGUUACGACACUGGUAAGCCCCUGGAAAAGGGGAUGAAAUCCCCGGGGGUGCAGCUGAAGAAGGAGUGUGAGAUAUGUCACAAGAUGAUCCGUGUUUAUGGUAUGAAAGCUCACAUGGACAUCCAUGCAAACAACCGUAAGUACGAGUGUGGGGUAUGUGGAGCUAAAUUCAUACAGCGUGGAACCUUAAAACUGCACAUGAAACGCCAUGAGGAUGUGAGGGAUCAUGAAUGCGAUCACUGCGAAAAGACGUUUGUACGUUUGGCAGAACUCCGCACUCAUAUGAAGUGCCAUGCUAUUGAUGAAAAUGGUGAAAGAGUGGGCUUGAAGUGUGAACACUGUGGAAAAAUACUGAUGCGUAAGGAGAGUUAUCUAGAGCAUCUCAGGAUCCAUGAAGGAACAAAGAACUUUAAAUGUGGCGACUGCGGAAAGGAGUUCUUUACCAAGCGUACAUUGAAAAGUCACAUAAAAGCCAGCCAUGAGAAAAGUGUUGUUAUGUUUGGAUGUGAACAAUGCGGAAGAGAGUUUGACAGGCCAGCUAAACUGACCAAGCACAUGAAAAUACAUUCUCAAAACAAUAAAGAAGUGUAUAAAUGUGAGGUUUGUAACGAAACCUUUCCCUCGCUGACAGGGAGAAGCCUACAUAUGAAGCACAAACAUAGAGAGGUAUAUGCAGGAAUGGUGAAUAAGCCAUAUGACUGUACUGUAUGCUCCAAGAAGUUUAAAUCUGCAAAUGGACUGUACCAGCAUAUGAAGCUUCAUGAGGCGGCAAGUGUUGUUAGUGAGGAACUCCAAAUUGAAGAAAUUCAAGAUAUAGAGACAAUUAUUGGGAAUGAAAAUGUGCGAUUCAAGUGCACCACUUGUAAUGGGAUUUACACCCAUGACGCCUUUAAGGAUCAUGAGUGUUCGGAGCAGCCCCUUCCGGAACAAGAGGUGUUCCUCGCUGUCAAAUACACAUGAUGGAGUGAUACAGAUAGGGGUGAUCUAAACUGAGGAACAGUCUAAAUGCUUAAGCUUUAGACACUAGAGCAUCACAUAGUUUUAGGUCUUCAACCUAGAAUCUGGAUUUCGAUGGCCUCAUUUAGAAAUGUCGUAGCUACAAAAGCCGCUGUUUUCAGUAGCAACACUUUUAAUUUUUAAUCUUUGUAAUUUGAUCACACCUUUUUUUAAAAACAUGCCGAAGUAACAAACAUGCCGAAGUAACGAUUUCUGAAGGUUCGGCAUUUUCGCUUCUCUGCGAGAUGUCCAAUCAUUGCUCGACAUUUUGAUCACAUUAUACAACACCAUUUUCUCAUUAGACUAUUUAAUUGGCAUUUUGCAGUUAGAUGCGACACACCUUUAGGAUUUUAGUGAUGUAAAAAUUCCGAAACAGAAAAAAUGCAGCUUCGGCAUUUUGAUGUGAGGCCAUCGAUUUUAUGUUUGAAUUGGAGAAAAAAUUAUGUUGUACUACGGUAGUAUUUCAGUUUUCAAAUACAUGUCUGCUAUAUCUACUGUAUAAACAGUUGGUAGAACACAAAUUUCUACCUUGAGUAUUGAAUAAGCAGUGUGUCUGUUUUUGAAGCACCAUUUUUUAGCUUCAACUUGUGAAAAAGUGGCACAUAUGGUCUUGUUAAUAUGCAUGUAUUUAUUGUUAUUUGCCCAAUUAUUUAUUAUGUAUUAAUUUAAACGAACAUAGAAAAAAUCUCUUUUGUGCAUGUAUGAUAUUCAAGUGUGUCCUUGUAGAUAUAUAUUACAAGCUCUAAUUAAUGUGUAGGAGAUCUCUUCAUGGGAAUAUUCUCUGACUCUGGGACCUGCAAAAAUGUGCAGCCAAUUUCUCUUUAUAACAAUGUAUGGGUCUCUCAUUACCCUAAAGGGUUUUUGAAUAAUACAUAUAACUCUCAGAAAACUAUGUUUGACCUUUGAAUAUUUAAUCUAUUGUAUGCAUACAUCUUUAAAAUUAAGUUAAUCCUUUUUAAUUUUUAUUAGUGAAAUAAAAUGUAUUUAUUUGAUCUGUGUUAUCACCUCACAAUAAUUCUUAUUUUAUGUAACAAAUUAUCAAGCUACCUCUAUUGACUCAUAUAUACUUCUCUCAAAAUUUACUGACAUAAAAAAUGCAUCCAAAAACAGAAGGUUCCUACUGCCUGGGUACUGGAAAGGUUUGUGUGUGAGGAGCUUCAUGUUGUCAUAAUUGUGGUGAAAUAAAUCAGUUUUGAAAAAUUAAUUUGUUGUAUACGCUGUUCAUCACCAGUUUACUCAUGGAAUAAAGUCAAACCAGUCAAAGAAAAGUUCCUGAUAACCUAAUUCUGUAGCAGUCAGUAGCGAUAGAACAGAAGCAUCCUAUUAUAAGUUGUAUAUUUCCCUUGUCCUCAAAUUUACUAAAAUACAUGUACUAUUAUUUCCAAAUAAAAUGAGUAAAAGAU